AUGUUGCUCGUUCAAGAAUCAAAAUUGGAAUCGUUGGAGAGAUUAUCUGUCCAAAAAAUGUGGGGUAAUGCUGAUUUUGAGUUUGUCUGUUCUAAUGCAAUCGGGGCAUCCGGGGGAUUGCUAUGUAUUUGGAAUAGAGAUUUUUUUAAAGUUGAUAGUGUUAUCAUACAGAGGUCGUUUAUUCAGGUGCAAGGGGUGAUUAACAAUAUAUUCCCUUGUGUGGUGGUGAACGUUUAUGCUCCGAAUGAGGUAGUACAGCGUAAACUUUUAUGGGAGGAAUUACUGAACGUUAAGGCUAGUUCUUCUAUUCCUUGGUGUGUGGGGGGAGACUUUAAUGAGAUUCAAGAUGUGAAUGAAAGGGUGGGAUGUUUGAGAAUUGAGAGGGGAAUGAGGGACUUCGUUGAUUUCCGUAAUAACAUGGAACUCAUUGAUCUCCCUAUGUUGGGGAGAAAUUUUACUUGGACAAAUUUUCAAGAUCGUGCCAUUCAUAGUCGGUUAGACAGAUUUUUGGUCUCAAUUCAGUGGAUGGAAAAUUUUAAAUUGCUUCAAUGGGGAUUGCCUAGACCUAUAUCUGAUCAUUGCCCCAUUGUGCUUUCAGAGGAUGGUAGGGAUUGGGGUCCAAGACCCUUCAAAUUUAUGGACAUCUGGCUGUCAAAUCCGAGUUGUAUGAAGUUGGCCAAGUCAACGUGGAAUGAAUGUCAGGUCACUGGUUGGGCAGGCUUCAUAAUCAUGCAGAAAUUGAAGGCAGUGAAACAUAAGCUGAAAGUAUGGAAUAAAGAAGUUUUUGGUGAUGUCACCUUAGCCUUACAAAAAACUGAGUCAGCUCUCCACCAAUUUGAGCUUCUAGAGGAAGAGAGACAGCUAAAUGAGGAUGAAAAUGCUGCAAGGUGCAAAACCAAAUCUGAGUUCUGGAGACUUUCUCGCUUAACUGAGUCUAUGUGGAGAUAG